AUGGAGUCAUCUUUCUCAUUUGGCGUGAUCCUUGCUGGCCUGGCCUCCCUCAUUAUUGCCGCUAAUGCACUAGUGGCUGUGGCUGUGCUGUUGUUGAUCCACAAGAAUGAUGGUGUCGGUCUUUGCUUCACCUUGAAUCUGGCUGUAGCUGAUGCCUUGGUUGGCCUGGCCAUCUCUGGCCUAGUCACAGACCAGCUCUCCAGCUCGGCCUGGCCCACACAGAAGACCCUAUGCAGCCUUCGGAUGGCAUUUGUCACUUCCUCCGCAGCUGCCUCUGUCCUCACAGUCAUGCUGAUUGCCUUUGACAGGUACCUUGCCAUCAAGCAGCCCCUUCGCUACUUCCAGAUCAUGAACGGGCUAGUGGCUGGGGCCUGCAUUGCCGGGCUGUGGUUGGUGUCUUACUUCAUUGGCUUCCUCCCACUUGGAGUCCCUGUAUUCCAGCAGACCACCUACCAGAGCCCCUGUACCUUCUUUGCCGUGUUUCACCCGCUCUUCGUGCUGACCCUCUCCUGCGCUGGCUUCUUCCCAGCCCUGCUCCUCUUUGUCUUCUUCUACUGUGACAUGCUCAAGAUUGCCUCCAUGCACAGCCAGCAGAUCAGAAAGAUGGAACAUGCAGGAGCCACAGCCAGGACUUACCGGCCUCCACGGACUCCUAGCGACUUCAAGCCUUUCCGCACAGUGGCUGUUCUCAUUGGGAGCUUCACUCUGUCCUGGACCCCAUUUCUUAUUACUAGCAUUGUGCAGGUGGCCUGCCAGGAGUGCUGCCCCUACGUAGUGCUGGAACAGUACCUGUGGCUGCUUGGUGUGGGCAACUCCCUGCUCAACCCACUCAUCUAUGCCUAUUGGCAGAAGGAGGUACGGCAGCAGUUCUACCAGAUGGUCCUGGGAGUGAAGAAGGGGCUCACCUCGUUCCUCUUCCUUCUCUCGGCCAGGGAUGGUGGCCCAGAAGGGCCCAGGGAAAGUUCCUAUCACAUCGCCACUAUCUCCCACGCACAGCUUGAUGGCCAAGAUGGUAAGGGCAGAGAAGUUCCAAAGUGCCUUCUCCCUCCCCUCUCUUGGCCCCCUGAAGGAGAUCAGAUGGAGCUAGGAGAAUGA